CUCCAAUGCAGAUUGGGUUCACAUGCAUGGUUAAAAGAGGAGAAGGGCGCGCAUACAGGUUCAGCUCGAAUGAAAGGAGGUUGGCUCGCGACUUCAUAAAGGUGAUGCUUGCGCGAAAAGCAGCUCGAAAAGCCAUAACAAUGAGGUUAGAUUGCGAAUGGAAAAGGGGCUUCUCGUGGCGACUCGAAGUAGAGAGGAAGAAGACGGGUUCUUCAUCUAUGUCUGUGCAAGGACCGAUGAUGAGGCUUGCUAUUGGUCGACGAUGCACAAAUGGUCGUCGAAGGGGCUUUGCAGUGGCAGUGCUAGGAUUUGAACGAAGGAGGAAGAGGAGAGGUGUAUUUGAAGGGAAAGAAGAGAAUAAAUGCUUAAUCAAGAUCAAGAUCAUGAAGAGGAAUUUUAAGAAGAAGGAAAUCCAAGAAGAGAAGAAAUGGACGAAGCAAGAGAAACUAGGGUUGAAGACCACCAUUUCGUUUAUCUGGAGACCACCAUUUCGUUUGACUUAAAACUAGGGCCAAUAUACCCCUUGCCCAUGUUUAAAGGAAGUUCAUGAGAAGACCCAUACAAACAUUUGAAAGACUUUCACGUGGUUUGUGACGGAAUGAGACCUCACGACGUGACUGAAGAACAACAUAACUUGAGGGCCUUCCCAUUUCUUUAACUGAUCAAAGAGAAAACUUUAUUAUCUUUCGUUUGAAUCUAUCAGUACAUGGAAUGCUCUCAAAAGGACAUUUGUAAAAAAUUUCUUUCCCCCCUUUAAGAGCCCACAGUAUUAGAAAAGAGAUCUAAAGUAUAAAUCAAAACAUAGAAGAAUCAACAUUCGAAUAUUAAGAGAGAUGCAAAUAGUUAUAUGUGAGUUUUCCACAUCACCAAAUCUCUAACCAAUAUUUAAUAA